AGCUGCACUAGUCCUGAGAGUAGUAGUCCGGCCACCCCACAAACAUCCAGCCUGACUUCUGCAGCUGCAGCACAUGCCCGUUACUCAAGAUUCAUACAGUCAGCAAAGUAACACUAAGUGACCUCUUCGUGUUCCUCUGUCUGCAAUCAGAUUGCAGCAGCUCGUUUCACCUGAGACUCAGAGUCUGGCACAUCAGAGAUGAUGCAUUCGCACAACUUUCUGGUCCUUCUUUUCAUGGUCUUCAUUGCUGGGAUAGUUCUGUCUAGUGGCUUGACUCCCCACAGGAGCAGAGUGAGACGUCAGAAUAUGAAAGUACACAUCAGCGCCACAGAAGACACUAUCGUGAUGAAGUUUUUGCGUCCCAAUGCCAACACCAAGCUUGAGGGCUACAUCCUGGGUUAUGGCAGCAGCAUGUUCUACAAACAGUUCAUUCAGCUGCCUGAGAAUGGGAAGCCAUAUGAGAAUGAAUUUGAUGCUGAGCCCAAGUACCUUAUUGCUGUCCAACCCAUCCCAACCAAUGAGGUGAAAAAACAUUGCACAGGUAAAGUUGAAAUGGAGAAGCCCUUACACUUGGUCAUUGGGUCAGUGACACCUACUUCUGUUCUUCUAUCCUGGGGGACACUGCUGAAAACCCCCACUGAAGGCAACAUCAUGGAUGACUGUGUAGAGGAUGGACACUAUACAGUACGUUAUCGUGAAAGGAGCAGGAAGUGGAAAUACCAGACCUGCCCAACUAGUGACACAGUCGUUGAUCAUCUGAAGCCCAACGGUGUCUAUGAGUUUAGUGUCCAGCCACACUCUAAAGAUGGCAAUGGGAUGUGGAGCAAGCCAGUUAUUCACAACAUCAGCACCGGAGGUGGAGUAGACGAUGUCGUCAGGAAAAUCUUUAAAAUUAAACGCCCCCCCACUAAUAUCCGGGUGCACCAGAAAUCUGUAUCUCCAGUUUUGCACCCCUUCCCCUUCAAUCAGCACCUUGUUCUCAGUAACAAGACCCAGGGCAGACCGCCUGUGUCCCGGAAAACUGUCCCAAAGACAACUCUUGCUCCAUCCACAACAACUAGACAGGAAUCGGUGUCGACUCCUGGACCCACACUGCCUGUGGUCACCAAACAGCCAAUCGGUGCCGGCAUCCUCAGAUCAUCUGUCACUGAAGUCCCUUAUUCUCCCAUUAGCUCAUCAGUUCCUCCAGCAGGAAGAAACACCACGAUGUCUCGCCCACGGAUUCCUCCUCAUUCCACUCGUACUGGUGUCAGACCAGUAUCACCAUCCAAGACCUUCACCUCCUCUCACAGCUCCAGCACACCUGGGGCAGCCGAUGGGGUGAGUCAUAAGGGCAUUGCUCUUCCUAGACCUGUGAUGUGGUCCCAAGAGAAAUCUGUUCUGCGCCCUGGUAUUCCUGUCAACAAGAGCCCCAACCUGGUGGGGAAACCCAGUGACCAUGAUAAACCCAUGGACCUCAAACAAGGAGAAAAUGAGUCCAUCUUGAAGCCAUUCCCUCUGGUCACAGCCAAGCCCAAGCAAGAACGCCGACAGCAGACAAGCACCUAUGCCCCGGCACUAAACAGCAGCCGUUUCGACAUGUUUGAAAACUCUUCCAUAUUCAGGCGCAUGCCUGCGUCAGAGGUAGACAUAACGGGCAAGAAGCGUUUUGUAGCUCCCCAUGUGAUCUACAAAACAGAUAAGAAACCAGAUGAACCGUGCUCUAUCACCUCCUCCCUUACUUACUUUCCUGAUGAGGAGGGCAGUGAUCUGAAUGUGACUGGUCCUCCCCGCAUACCACCCUCCAACCUCACUGUAGUUACUGUGGAGGGCUGCCCAUCUUUUGUCAUUCUUGACUGGCAGAAAUCUGACAACGAAACCAGAGAGUAUGAAGUUUUAUCCACCACUGAAGGACCGAAUGGGCAGGAGGUGUCCAUUCUGACCACCAAUCAGACCCACACAGCUGUGGAGAAUCUCAAACCAGAGAGCAGUUAUGAAUUCACAGUAACACCAAAGAAUGAGCUGGGAACAGGACCCUCAAGUGAUCCUGUGUCUUUUAGCACAGAAUCAGCGGAUCCACGGGUUAGUGAAUAUGUUUCAGGCAAAGAUGCCAUCUGGACUCAGUUCCCAUUUAAAGCCGAUGCCUACUCUGAAUGCAAUGGAAAACAGUAUGUGAAGAGAACUUGGUACCGAAAGUAUGUAGGGGUCCAGAUCUGCAACUCCCUGAGAUACAAGAUCUACCUGAGUGACUCGCUCAAAGGAAAAUUCUACAACAUCGGUGACCAGACGGGGUACGGUGAGGACCACUGUCAGUUUGUUGACUCUUUCCUAGAUGGACGGACCGGCACCCAGUUGUUUGCAGAACAGCUACCAAGCAAACAAGGAUACUUCAGAGCACUGAGACAGGAACCCGUCAACUUUGGAGAAAUUGGAGGAAAGUCACAUGUUACCUACGUAGGCUGGUAUGAGUGCGGCAUACCCAUACCUGGGAAGUGGUAAGACCCUACAGAGCUGUCCAGGAGGAUGACCACCUUGGUGGUGAGGGAGAAGGUGCCUGUCUAGGCCUGAAGGGAGGGCUUUUCUUUUAUGUUACCAUGAACACUGUAGAUGUGUCUGCCUGAACUCGGCCUACUCUCCCAGGUGUGAACCUUUUAUAGGAUUAUUAUGUGUCACAACUCUCUUGUUUGCAUUUUUAACUUUGGUCUUAAUUGCUCUAUUUAUCAGAAAUGUCACAUCGGACGAAAGAAUGCAGGAGUUUGAGUGAAACUAAAUGUUGAACAUAAAAGAGAAGAACAAGAAAAUGUUGGGAAGCUGGCUCCCAAAGUGUAAUAAUGUGUAUGAUAUUAUUUAUCAAGUAAUUGUUAUUGAAUAUCUCGUUUUUGAUCUAAGGUUUAAAAAAAAAACAAACCCAAUAUUUCCAUGUCAAGGAGCCAAUAUAUUGGCCAUUUGUAUACAGAAAAGUGCCAGUCAUAUUUGGAUGUACAUUUGUAUGAUGUAAAGUUCAAGUACGCACAGAUAUGCAGAACUGACCUGCCGACUCUAAGGGACUAUUAACAGUUGUAGUUUACACAGUAUUAAACUUUUGUUCGUAUAUGUA